CUUAGUACAUUCAACAUCUUUCUCUGUUUUAAGUUGGAGUUUUGAAAAUGAGUUUGGUUUCUAGUAUAUAAGCCUCAGUCCCGUGGCUGCUCUCUUUGUCACAGGUUUAGCGUUUUGUUGCAGUUCCAAUGAAACAAGUUUCCUUCUCUCUCACCCCUGAUAAUAUGCAGAGAUACGUAGGUUUAAGGGUUUGUCAUAGAAUUUGCUUUCUUUUGAUCUUGUUACGGUACAAAGUUGCAUCGUGUUUUUUUUGGAUACAACCUAUAAUUUUUUUCAUUCAUCUUACGGAUACGUUUUCUAUUCUGGAAUCAUGAGAGAUCUAGCAGCUCAGCUGAAAUAAAAGUGAGAGCACAUGAAUUAUCUUCUUCGUUUUUCAAGAAAAUCUGAUAUUAAAAAGGUCGACUGAUGUAUGUUUAUGUUACUCAUGUAUAGGCCUGUUCUGUUUCUCUGCAAGAUAUACUUUGUUUUCUCUUCUUUACAUUUUGCAGGAUGCUCCUGGAGCACUGGUACAGUACGUGGUUGACAAUUCAUGGCCUCUCUUUUGUCAUUGCUCUGGAUAAAAUACAAAUUUUGACCCAAGUGGGUUCAACUUCUUGAGCUUUGGGAAAACAUGCUAUGGAAAAAGUUUUGACCCCAAGUCGGAGAUUUGAGGCUGCCGUGUCUUUUAACGUUGAAGAAGUUACCGUCGGCGUCCAGAUACUGAGAAUAUAUGGUUGGAAUCAAGUUCAUAUUGCGUCCCUUCAGAUGUGACAUGAAUAUGCACAUACUCGUUCCUUCAGAAAGAGAAGAGAGAGAGAUACUGUUCAGUAAGGAUACGGUAGAUGGUUAGCUGAAUUUUGAAUGAUUCUCCUAUAGUAUCAGAAAGGCUCAUCUACAGAGAAGAAAGGUCCAAACCAUUUAUGAGAAUACACAUCUUCAAGAAUGAUGCAUGGUAGAGAGCACAGACGCAAACGACAUUACGCCCUGUUUUGGUUUCUUCUGGACAGAUGUUUUCGGCUCGGUUAAACCGAAUCAGGGCCAUGCAUUAAGGACCAAUUCCUUCACACAAAGGAGCAAUGUUACCAUCCAAAAAAAGCAGGGGAAAAAACUAACUAAAGGCAAGCCAUGUUGGGAGGCAUAGCCAGGAGGUGGAAGGUCCUAAGCGGCCAAAAAAAAUGGAAAGGCCUCCUUGAUCCACUUGACUCAGAUCUUCGCCGCUACCUCAUUCACUACGGCGAGAUGGCUCAGGUUGGUUAUGACGCCUUUAACUGGGACCGUAAGUCCUUAUACGCCGGUGAUUGUUACUACUCUAAGAGCCAAAUCUUUGCUCGAACUGGCUACCUUAAAGCCAACCCUUUCAGGUACAAUGUGACCAAGUACAUCUACGCAACAGCUUCUUUGAACCUACCAAUCUGCUUCAUCGUCAAGUCUUUGUCAAAGGAAGCAUCGCGCGUGCAGACUAACUGGAUCGGUUAUGUAGCCGUCGCUACAGACGAGGGCAAGGCGCUGUUAGGGAGGAGAGACAUUGUUGUAGCUUGGAGAGGAACUCUUCAGCCGUAUGAAUGGGCUAACGACUUCGACUUUCCACUUGAGUCGGGUGUCAAAGUGUUCCCUGUAACCAACCCAAAGGUCGUGCCUCGUAUUGGAAGUGGCUGGCUCGAUGUCUACACCUCUUCUGAUGCUAAGUCGCCUUAUGACACUACUAGCGCACGAGAACAGGUACAAGGAGAGCUCAAGAGAUUGCUAGAAGUUUACAAGAACGAAGAAGUGAGCAUCACUUUCACAGGCCAUAGCUUGGGCGGAGUAAUGUCAACUCUUGCAGCUGCAGAUCUUGUCAAUGGCAAGAAACAUAUAAUCAGUGCAGGUCUUGAGAGAAAACAAGUUCCCAUCACAGUUUUUGCGUACGGGUGUCCACGAAUUGGGGACCAAGACUUCGUAAACACGGUCGACUCACUCAAACAGCUUAACAUCCUAAGAGUAGUCAAUGUUCCGGAUGUAGCACCACAUUAUCCACUCUUACUGUAUGCAGAAGUAGGGCAGGAGCUCCAGAUCAAUACAUUGAACUCGACUUACCUCAAACGGUCUCUAAACUUUAGGAACUACCAUAACCUGGAGAUAUACCUGCACGGCUUGGCGGGGAUGCAAGACAAAGACGGGCUAUUUAAGCUGGUGAUUGGUCGGGAUAUUUCGCUGGUCAAUAAAGGUUUAGAUGCUCUGAAAGACGAGUUCUUAGUGCCCAGUACCUGGAGGUGUCUUGCAAAUAAAGGGAUGAUUCAAAUGGAUGAUGGCACAUGGCAGCUGGAUGUCCACAGGAAAGAUCAUGAUGAUGAGUGAUGACCCCCUCAAACUAGUAAGCGUCUACAAGAGCUUAACCAAUACGAGUUUAGUUGCAAAAACUUAUAAAAUGUUCCACACAAUAUAUGUUUGUUUGUACACACAAAUUCAUUUAAAGAAGAAAGAAUCCAAGGGCCAAA